GGGGAAAAAAAAAUAAAUUCAAAUUUCCCCCUUCUUGUCGUCCUCCCACCUCUUUCUCUAAUUCCAUUUCCAUUCCCGCUUCGAUCUCCAACGGCGAAUGGCCGUCACGACCGACUCCGCUAGGGACGACGACGAGUGGGAGAUCUGCAACGACAAUGGCUUCGUCUACAAGCGCCGCCGCCGGCGGCGGACGGCGGCGGAGGCGGAGGAGGAGCGGCCGCCGCCGUCAGGCGAGACCGAGGCCGAGUUGAGGCGCCACCGGAGGGAUCGGCGACGGCGGUGCCUCCUCGGCCUCCGGGAAAAGUACCGGAGAGAGCUGGAACAGUGGGAGACCUUGUCCUUCACCUUGCUGGACUUGACCUCCCCCAUCCCCACCGCCCCCGCCGCUCCUCCUCCUCCUUCUCCGCCGCCACCUCCGCCGGAGCCUCCGGGCGGUGCUUUAGCGCCGUCGAUUGAUGAUCUUCUCUCUCAGGUGGAGUCUCAGGAAGCGAUUCUGCGGAAGGUAUCGGAAAUUUGCGACUCUGUGGAGUUGGUCUGCAAGGGACAGGAGGAGAGAUUGGCGGAGUCUCUCAUCAGCCUGCCAAUUUGGGGAAGCCCUCGGUCUCUCAUCGCUUCUUUAUCAGACUAGUUUAACUGUAAAGGUUUUAACUCCAAGGGGCAUGUCAUGUUCCUUUGCCAUUAUAUGUCUGUUGUUUUUACUCAACCGACUUGUGUAUGUAUAUGUAUGACUUGCCUGCUUUGUUUUGCAAGGAAAUGAAAGCUAUGGUGUUUGUUGCUCUUUAA